AUGGGAAGCCUUGUUAACACGCCUAACCACCAGCAAGUCUGCUGGUCAGUCACCGAAGCGAUUGGUCGACCAGUCCCAGCGAUCGACGCGAAAAAGGGAGAUCGAAGCAGCGAGGCAGAAGCUUACCGAGAAUUAAUCCCGUUAAUACAUCAACCUGGGUAUAACCCAAAGGACGAGAUCCUUUCACCUCAUCCCAUCCUGACCGAUAAAAGCUUUCUCCUGCUUAUGAGAUAUACCCACGACGCGCUUGUCAAGGCCGUCGUCAAUAUUGUGGAUCGAUGGUGGUCCGACACUGAUGCCAACUUUCCGGCUAGAAUGCCUUUGGAAGCGCCCGUGGAGGCAGCGCUACAGUGGAUAGACGAGCAAAGCCGGAAUCAAAUGCUCCCAGAAUUCAAGGACAGCCUUGGAAACUGGAGACCUGAUUUCCUCGUCACCGGGAAUGAUAGUACCAUGGGCCCUGGGUUCCAGAUCUGCGAAAUCAACAGCCGCACGCCUGAUAAUGUGGUCCUUUGCAGCGCACACAAACACCGCAAGAUGCGCCAAUUGAUGGGACCCAGCUCUGUUCUGCAGCCCGCAGGAGACUUUGACGAUUGGGAAGACAGCUUGCUUCGCCUAUUCCGUACACACCUGCCGAUUCAUAUCCUUCGAGGAAGAGACAAUCUCGAGCGACAGGAAUUCGUGCGGAUGGUGGAACUGAGGACUGGUAUCUGCCCACGAUUUGUGAACGUAGACAAUUUGGAGCUGAAGCACGAUCAGUCUUCUGCUACGGGUUAUUCGCUCUAUUGCCGAGACCAGGGCACAUCUGAAAAGAUACAUCAGGUUGUCUCGACCCUGUUUCCGGACGAGUUCAGUCUGCUUUCGCAAGACAUGCUUCAGAAGCUGGCGACGGUGGUCGUAAACGAUCUCCGGAUUUCCUUACUCGUAAACGACGAGCGAUUCCUAGGCAUUAUAUUACAAGAACUCAACUCUUGUGUCACCAAACAUGGCAUCUUAACUCCAGACGAAGCCAAUGCUCUCCAACAAGGCAUAGUACCUACACUGCUACCCGGAUCUCCAGAACUCAAGCAGUGGAUCGAAAGAAAUAACCAAGGCGAAGUGACCAAGGACAACUAUAUCUUAAAAGCCGCUCGCCAAAGCCGUGGAAGGGGUCACUUACUCGGUGCGGAUCUCUCCCCCCAAGAAUGGGCGAGUAUCAUGUUGGACAUGCAAGAUCCGAGUAUCCGUCCAGGGGUUACAUCCUAUGUCCUCCAGCCGUUUGUACGACAAGUCAAAUUCGAUAUUAUCGGCGAUGAAGACAAAAAGAUCCAUGGUAGCCUCAUGGUCGGGUGUUAUUAUACCACCAAUGGUCGCUUCCUUGGUCUUGGGCCAUGGCGUUCAAGUACGGGGAAAAUCUGCAAUGUCUACGGCAGCUUUGGGUGUGUGGGUUUGUAUUCGGUUACUCAAGCCAAUGUGGAGGGGUGA